AGGAUGGAGCCAGCAUCGGUGCGGCCCAAAGUCCCCUCUUUCCUGUCCGACCUGGGGAAGGCCACGCUCCGGGGCAUCCGCAAAUGUCCCCGCUGCGGCACCUACAACGGCACCCGCGGCCUGAGCUGCAAGAACAAGACCUGCGGGACCGUCUUCCGCUGCGGCACCCGCAAGCAGCCCAGCGUCGACGCCGUCAAGAUCAUCACCGGCUCCGAUUUGCAGGUGUAUUCGGUGCGCCAGAGGGACCGGGGACGGUGCUUGGUGGAGCUGGGGGUGUCGGAAACAGCCAUCCAGACGGUGGACGGGACCAUCAUCACGCAGCUCAGCUCCGGCCGCUGCUCUGUGCCCUCGUGCCUGAAAGUGGCGGCGCAAGGCGUGGUGGAGAACCAGUGCCAGCACAUCAAACUGGCCCUGAACUGCCAAACCGAAGCCACCCCGCUGGCCCUGAAGAGCUCGGUGCUCAACUCCAUGCAGGCUUCCCCCGAAACCAAGCAAACCAUCUGGCAGCUGGCUACCGAGCCCACGGGGCCGCUGGUCCAGCGCAUCACCAAGAACGUCCUGGUGGUGAAGUGCAAGGCCAGCCAGAAGCACAGCCUGGGCUACAUCCACGCUGGGGAGGUGCCCGCUGCCAAGCCCAAGAAGAGGAAAAAGGACCCAGUGCCCGGGACGCAGGCGUCCGGCCCCAUCCUGGCCCAGGACCCCGCUCGCAGCACCCCCAGGAGGAACAGCCUGAGGAAACCGCCUGGAGCCUCCGCGCUGAAGAGACAAGGCUGUGCCCAGCUGCUGGACGAGUCGCAGGUGUCCCUCUCCUUCCAGGACUGGCUGGCCAGCGUCACCGAGCGCAUCCACCAAACCAUGCACUACCAGUUUGAGGGCAAGCCUGAGCCGCUGGUGUUCCACAUCCCGCAGGCCUUCUUCGAUGCCCUGCAGCAGAGGAUCUCCAGCGGCAGCACGAAGAAGAGGCUGCCCAACUCCACCACAGCUUUUGUCCGCAAGGAUGCCCUUCCCCUGGGCACCUUCUCCAAGUACACGUGGCACAUCACCAACAUCCUGCAGGUCAAGCAGAUCUUCGAUACACCCGAG